UGGGUGCGCAGCGUCGAGGAUUCCGACGACCUUGACCCCUCCAGCCAGGCCUUGUUACCCCGUACUCCGUGCAGCGUCCGCCCGGCUUCACACAACUCCUUCCCUUCCCCGCGGCCCAAUGCCGCGCCCGGCCGCCGCUUCGACUAUGCUCGCGAACGCCUCCCUCCGCUGCCCAGCUCGCCGCUCAGCGAUAAUGCCUCUCGCUGGCGCAACUUUGCCGUUGCGUCACAGUACCACCCGCCCUCGACCGGCCACUCGGAGAUCGUCUCGCGCGAAUGGAUGAUGAACAACAUGGGCGACCUCGACGCGCCGUGGGAGCCUGCCGAGCCUGACCAAUCCGAACUGGAAAAGCAAAUCUCCAAGAAGAAGCGGGGGUGGCUCUCGAAACUCCAUAAAACCGUCAUGCGCAGCCCCUAUGUUCCUCUCAUUAUCCGUAUGAACGUCCUCGUCUUUUCCGCCGCCGCAUUAGGACUUGCCGGCCGUAUUUUCCACCUCACCCACCGCAACUACUGCAGCGCCGGCUCUUCGACGUACUUGGCCAUUAUUGUCGAUGCAAUUGCUAUCGUUUAUCUGUGCUAUGUCACAUAUGACGAAUAUGCAGCUCAGCCGUUGGGCUUACGAGAUCCUACGGAAAAAUUGAGGCUCAUUUUCCUUGACUUGGCCUUCAUAGUUUUCGACUCUGCCAACUUGAGUAUAGCAUUCCAAUCGUUAACUGACUCAAAUUGGGCAUGCGUCAACACUCAAAGUGCCGACCUUACGCAACAAGAACGGACCUGUUAUGACCCUGCUGUCUGCGGUAAGCAGAAGGCGCUGACGGCCGUGAUCCUCGUUUCGCUCGUCACCUGGUUAUUCACCUUUGCUGUGUCCACAUUAAGA